CACUGUUAGUAAAGAAGCCAUCGCUUCGAGAACUUUUGCGGAAGAACUUUUAAUAAAACUAAGAGAAACCCCUGAGGGAUAUCGACAUGGAGUACCUGUACAACGCUAGUAUUCAGUGCGAGGACGAGGAACGCGUCAAUUUCUACAACUUUGACAAGUUCUUUGUGCCACAUGGACAGACCCAGGAGCUGGAGCAGCAGGCGGUCCUGUGGCAGCCCGUGUGGCAGUAUGAGUUUUCACUGUCGCCAAACUUCACUUAUUGGCAGGAAAUCAGUACCUCUAAUAUGAUGACUAUGGACAUUACCAAAACCGAACCCGGACUCGUCGGGCUUUCCUCCAACCAACAGCAGCAGCAAUCGCAGCAAACCAACGCCGGCAUGAACAGCGUUGGCCAGAACAACGGGCCCAAUCCCAAUGGCAAUGGGAACGUGGUCAAUGUGGUCAACUCCGGCGGUGCCGGUGGUGGCAACAAUGGCAACGGGAAUGUCCAGAGCAUCGCCGCUGCUGCCAACAACAAUAACAAUAACAACAACAACGGCAGCCAAUUGUGCGCAGGAUGCGGCAAGCACAUCCAGGAUCGCUACCUGCUCCGCGCUUUGGACAUGCUGUGGCACGAGGACUGCCUCAAGUGCGGCUGCUGCGACUGCCGCCUGGGCGAAGUGGGCUCCACGCUCUACACCAAGGGCAACCUGAUGCUCUGCAAGCGGGACUACUUGAGAUUGUUUGGCAACACGGGCUACUGUGCCGCCUGCAGCAAGGUGAUCCCCGCCUUCGAAAUGGUGAUGCGUGCCCGCACCAACGUCUACCAUCUGGAGUGCUUCGCCUGUCAGCAGUGUAACCACAGAUUCUGCGUGGGCGACCGCUUUUACCUGUGCGAGAACAAGAUCCUGUGCGAGUACGACUACGAGGAGCGCCUGGUCUUCGCCUCGAUGGCCAAUCAUCCGAUGCUGAAGCGCCACGUCUCUUCGUUGGGCCAAGGAUCUCCGACCGGCGCUGCUGGGGCCCAGAAUACCGCUGGUGGACUGUUGGGCGGCGGGCCCGGAGGCGCCAAUGUGAAUGGCGUGGGCAUGGUCAACGGACCGCGAACGCCAGGCGAUCACAACAACAACAACAAUGGCCCCCAGACGCCCACCGGCGGUGGUUCCCCAUUCGCCGCAGCCGCCGCUGCUGCCGCCGCCGCUGCACAUAUGAAGAAUCAGCUGGGAGCGUCCAGCUAAAAUAAAGCCCUGGGCAUGGGCGCUGCGGGGGCUGUUGUGAGUGGAUCGGGGAUCGGCGCUGGACUUGGAGUUGGAGUUGGAGCGUCGAAUCAGCAAUUCUACUCGGGCUUUGGGCUGCAGCACCAGCAUCAGCAUCAGCAGCACCAACAGCAGCAGCAGCAACAGCAGCAGCUCAUGGGAUUGGGCCUGGGAAUGGGCAGCGGUGGAGGAGGAGCAGGAUCCGCCGGUGGAGCAGGAACAGGAGGAGGAGGAGUAGGAGGAGGAGGAGGAGGCGUUGGCAGCAUCGGCAGCGGCUGCAAGCGCUACCAAAGAAAGUUCUACAACCGCAACUGAGAGAAUCGACGGGGG